AUGAAGUUCCUUCUCAUUUUCCUCGUCAUCUGCAGCACCAUGUUUCGGCCGAUGACGGCGUUGGAGGGAAAAGAUGCAGGUGAAGAAGUUGGAGAAGCAGGCGGUGCUGGUUCGGACUUCACACCUUCACAUUCCAGAGUCCGCCGAUUCUACGGUGGUGGUGGUGGAGGCCCUGAUGGUUAUGGAGUCUAUGGAGCUGGUGGCGGUGGAGGCCCUGGCGGUUAUGGAGACUAUGGUGGAGGGGGCCCUGGUGGUUAUGGAGUCUAUGGAGUUGGUGGCGGCGGAAGCCCUGGCGGUUAUGGAGACUAUGGUGGAGGGGUCCCUGGUGGUUAUGUAGUGUAUGGAGUUGUUGGCGGAGGAGGCCCUGGCGGUUAUGGAGACUAUGGUGGAGGGGGCCCUGGUGGUUAUGUAGUCUAUGGAGUUGGUGGCGGAGGAGGCCCUGGCGGUUAUGGAGACAAUGGUGGAGGGGGCCCUGGUGGUUAUGGAGUGUAUGGAGUUGGUGGCGGUGGAGGCCCUGGCGGUUUUGGAGACUAUGGUGGAGGGGGCCCUGGUGGUUAUGGAGGAUAUAAUGGUGAUGGCGGUGGAGGUUCUGGUGGAACUACUAGUGGCGACAGGACCAUAGCAAACGAUAUCAGUGGCGGUUAUGGAGGCUAUAGUGGUGGUGGUGGUGGAGGCCCUGGUGGUGGUGGAAACUAUGGCGGUGGUGGUGGUGGAGCUUUUGGUGGUGGUGGAAACUAUGGUGGAGGGGGCCCUGGUGGUUAUGUAGUCUAUGGAGUUGUUGGCGGAGGAGGCCCUGGCGGUUAUGGAGACUAUGGUGGAGGGGGCCCUGGUGGUUAUGGAGUGUAUGGAGUUGGUGGCGGAGGAGGCCCUGGCGGUUAUAUAGACUAUGGUGGAGGGGGCCCUGGUGGUUAUGUAGUCUAUGGAGUUGGUGGCGGCGGAAGCCCUGGCGGUUAUGGAGACUAUGGUGGAGGGGGCCCUGGUGGUUAUGGAGUGUAUGGAGUUGUUGGCGGAGGAGGCCAUGGCGGUUAUGGAGACUAUGCUGGAGGGUGCCCUGGUGGUUAUGGAGGAUAUAAUGGUGAUGGCGGUGGAGGUUCUGGUGGAACUACUAGUGGCGACAGGACCAUAGCAAACGACAUCAGUGGCGGUUAUGGAGGCUAUAGUGGUGGUGGUGGUGGAGGCCCUGGUGGUGGUGGAAACUAUGGCGGUGGUGGUGGUGGAGCUUCUGGUGGUGGUGGAGCUUCUGGUGGUGGUGGAAGCUAUGGCGAUGGUGGUGGUGGAGCUUCUGGUGGUGGUAGAAGCUAUGGCGAUGGUGGUGGUGGAAACUAUGGCGGUGGUGGUGGUGGAGCUUCUGGUGGUGGUAAUUCCGGCAGGACCUUUACAGCCACCUUACGAGUAACUGGCGGUUAUAGAGGCUAUAAUGCUGGCGACGCUUACGGUUAUCCUGGCGCUAACGCUGUAGGUUACCAAUUCAGGAGGCCAAUGCCCGGCAAUCCUUGGCUUCCUGCACGGUUCCGGCCGAUGACGGCAUCAAAGGGAAAAGAUGCUGGUGAAAAAGUUGGAGAGACAGCCGGCAAAGGUGGAGGUGGCUCUGGUUCGGACUUCGCACCUCCACACUCCAGGGUCCGCCGAUUCUACGGUGGUGGUGGAGGCCCUGGUGGUUUUGGAGGGCCUGGCGGUUAUGGCGGUGGAGGUCCUGGUGGUUAUGGAGGACCUGGCGGUUAUGGCGGUGGAGGUCCUGGUGGUUAUGGAGGACCUGGCGGUUAUGGCGGUGGAGGUCCUGGUGGUUAUGGAGGACCUGGCGGUUAUGGCGGUGGAGGUCCUGGUGGUUAUGGAGGACCUGGCGGUUAUGGCGGUGGAGGUCCUGGUGGUUAUGGAGGACCUGGCGGUUAUGGCGGUGGAGGUCCUGGUGGUUAUGGAGGACCUGGCGGUUAUGGUGGUGGUGGAGGCCCUGGUGGUUAUGGCGGUGGAGGCCCUGGUGGUUGUGGCGGUGGUGGAGGGCCCGGUGGUUAUGGAGGCUAUGGUGCUGAUGGUGCUGGUGCUCCUCCUCCUGCCGAUGCAGGUGGUGGUGGAGCUUCUGGUGGUAGUCAUAGUGGCGACAGGACCAUAACAAACACUAUCAGUGGCGGCUAUGGAGGCUAUAGUGCUAACGGCUAUCCUAGCCCCGCUGAAUCUGUAGGUUACCAAUUCAGGAGGCCCAUGCCCGGCAAUCCGUGGUUUCGGCCGAUGACGGCAUUGGAAGGAGAAGAUGCAGGUGAAGAAGUUGAAGAAGCAGGCGGUGCUGGUUCGGACUACACACCUUCACAUUCCAGAGUCCGCCGUUUCUACCACCAUGGCGGUGGUGGCGGCCCUGGUGGUUAUGAAGGCUAUGGCGGUGGUGGAGGCCCUGGCGGUUACGGAAGCUAUGGUGAUGGGGGCCCUGGUGGUUAUGGAGGCUACGGUGCUGAUGGUACUGCUGCUUCUCCUAGUGAUGGAGGUUCUAGUGGUGGCAAUGGAGCUCCUGGUGGCAGUUCUAGUGGCGCCAGGACAAUAAUAUCCACCAUAAGUGGAGGUUCUGGUGGCACCAGGACCAUAACAUCCACCAUAAGUGGCGGUUACGGAGGCUAUAGUCUUGAUGGCGGUGGAGGCCCUGGUGGUUAUGGAGGCUUUGGCUCUAGUGGUGGUGGUGGAGGUGCUGGUCAAUUUGGUGGCAGUUCUAGUAGCACCAGGACCAUAACAAACACAAUCAGUGGCGGUUAUGGAGGCUAUAGUGCUGGUGACGCCAGCGGCUAUCCUGGAGCUAAUUCAGGAGGCCCAUGCCCGGCAAUCGUUGGUUUCCUCAACGCUAAAGGUGGAGUUGGUAGCGCUGGUGUUAGUCCUGUAGGUCACGUUCUUAGUGUGCUGGUGUUUCGGCCGAUGACGGCAUUAAAGGGAAAAGAUGUACGUGAAGGAGUUGGAGAGGCUGCCGGUAAAGUUGGAGGCGGUUCUGGUUCGGACUUCACACCUACACACUCCAGAUUCCGCCGUUUCUACGGUGGUGGUGGAGGCCCUGGUGAUUUUGGAGGACCUGGCGGUUAUGGCGGUGGAGGCCCUGGGGGUUAUGGAAACUAUGGCGGUGGAGGUCCUGGUGGUUAUGGAAACUAUGGCGGUGGAGGUCCUGGUGGUUAUGGAAACUAUGGCGGUGGAGGUCCUGGUGGUUAUGGAGGCUAUGGUGCUGAUGCUGGUGCUGCUCCUCCUGCUGCUGAUCCAGCUCCUAGUGGUGGUGGUGGUGGUGGAGGUGGGACUUCUAGUGGCCACAGGACCAUAACAAACACUAUCAGUGGCGGCUAUGGAGGCUAUAGUGCUAACGGUUAUCCUAGCCCCGCUGACUCUGUAGGUUACCAAUUCAGGAGGCCAAUGCCCGGCAACCCGUGGUUUCCUCAACGCUAA